AUGCUUUCUUCAAUCUCUCUUUCUCCCUCUCAAUCAUACACACAGACACAAAUACGCACAUUUAUAAAAGCGGAGGGCAAGGCUAUAAGGUUAUUUAUUGUCCUCCUCUCCGCCUUAAGUCUUCCUCUCCGCCUUAAUUGCCCUUAUCUCCGCCUAAACUGUCCUCCUCUCCGUCUUAAAUGUAGUUCUCUCAGUUUUAAUUGUACUCCUCACAGUCAUAACUGUUCUCCUCUCCGUCUUAACUGUAGUCCUUUCAGUCUUAACUGUCCUCCUCUCCGCCUUGACUGUCCCCCUCUACGUCAUAACUAUCCUCCUUUCAGUCUUAACUGUCCUCCUCUACGUCUUAACUGUCCUCCUCUCCGCCUUGACUGUCCCCCUCUACGUCUUAACUGUCCUCCUCUCCGCCUUAUCUGUCCUCCUCACCGCCUUAACUGUCCUCCUCUGAGUCUUAACUGUCCUCCUCUCAGUCCUAACUGUCCUCCUCACAAUCUUAACUGUCCUCCUCUCCGCCUUAACUUCCUAACUGUCCUCCUUUCAGUCUUAACUGUCCUCCUCUCCGCCUUAACUGUAGUCCUCUCAGUCUUAACUGUCCUCUUCUCAGUCCUAACUGUCUCCCUCUCGGUCUUAACUGUCUUCCUCUCCGCCUUAACUGUCCUCCUCUCAGUCUCAACUGUCCUUCCUCUCAGUCUUAAUUGUCCUCCUCACAGUCAUAACUGUCCUCUUCUACGUCUUAACUGUCCUCCACAACGCCUUAACUGUCCUCCUCUCCGCCUUAACUGUCCUCCUCCCAGUCAUAACUGUCCUCCUCUCCGCCUUAACUGUCCUCCUCUCAGUCUUAACUGUCCUCCUCACCGCCUUACCUUCAUAACUGUCCUCCUCUCAGUCUUAACUGUCCUCCUCUACGUCUUAACUGUCUUCUUCACCGCCUUAACUGUCCUCCUUUCCGCCUUACUGGUCCUCCUCUCCGCCUUAAGUCUCCCCCGCUCAGUCUUAACUGUCCUCCUCUCCGCCUUAACUGUCCUUCCUCUCAGUCUUAGUUGUUAUCCUCACAGUCAUAACUGUCCUCCUCUCAGUCUUAACUAUCCUCGUCUUCGCCUUAACUGUCCUCCUCUCCGCCUUAACUGUCCUCCUUUCCGCCUUAACUGUCCUCCUCUUCGCCUUAACUCUCCUCUUCUCAGUCUUAACUGUGAUUACAUAGAAACAAUGAAGCUUGCUCUUCAGUUUCUUUUCUUUUACCUUCUCUCAUCUCGCUCUCUUAUUUUAUCUUUUGACCUUUUUAUCCUCAUACUUACACAUUCUUCUUCACUUCUUCCCCCCCCUCUAUCUUCAUUAGAUCGUAUCUUGGUUUCUCCCCCUCCCCCCUCUCUCUCUCCAAACUAUAACCCGUCAAUAGCUUUUUUUUAUUUUUGGUACCAUCUAUCUAUCUAUCUAUCUAUCUAUCUAUCUAUCUAUCUAUCUAAUUCUCUUCUUAUCUGUCUAUGUAUGUAUCUAUCUAAUCCUGUUCAUAUCUAUCUAUCAAAUUCUGUUCAUAUCUAUCUAUUUAAUUCUAUUCAUAUCAGUCUAUCUAUCUAUCUAUCUAUCUAUCUAUCUAUCUAUCUAUCUAUCUAUCUAUCAAAUUCUGUUCAUAUCUAUCUGUUUCUCUCACGCUUUAGUAUUUGUUACGUGUAA